AUGAGCAGCACGGCGGUCCAGCGGCUCAAGUACGCCGGCCGCAAGCCUUGCGUGCUGUGCUUUUCAGCUUCACACGCCUUUUUUCGCUCUUCUCGCAGCCUCCAUCGAAUCAACCGUUCUUCAUUAAUCGGUUUAAUCGCGCGGACCGUUCACGGUUUAGCGUCGGGAACUGCUCCUGUCGGCACGUCUGGCUUCGUUUUUCGCCCCUCUCAUGAUCAAUUUUUAGUUUUCCGGAAGCACCGCGGGAUUCUUUUUUGACUUGUGUUUGUGAUAAUGUAAUUCCGUAGUUUGAACUAGUGGAGCUGAAAACUGAACUAUAGAAAUGUUUCUGAAUGAGCUGGUGCUUUUUUUUAAUAAUUGAUUGAUAAAUUAUCAAAAUUUUACAGGUUACUGUAGCCAAGUCACCAGGAGUGUUUUUUGCUUUUCAGUUGGGUCAUUUCCCUUCAAAGAUUUUGCUCUGUCAAUCUAGAGACCUGGAAACUUAGAUUUUUUUUUUCUAGAAAAGGUAAAAUAGGUUUAUAGGUUGAAACUCGGCAUCGUAAUAUUCUCAUUUCCACUAAGCAGCUAAUAUUGAUCUCCGCAUGUUAUAAGUUGCUAUAAAUUAUGUCAGUUCUUUUUUGGACUAUUGAUAUGAAACAUUUAAAAGUAGAAAAUAUUCCAGCAAUCUUUGAGAUCCUGAUUCUGGACGCUCCAUAAAAUAUGUAAUGGAUUGGAACAGUCAUAUAGACCGUAUUUGUAGAAAAGUGUUUUUUUUUCCUGAAGCACACCAUGUUCUAGAGUUUUGAAAAGUUAAUUUUUUGAAAUAAAAUCUCAACUCACUUGUAACUCAGCUCGAAGAAUUUUGAAACGCUACAAACUCCGUUUCCGAAAGACCGAAGAAUGCGGAGCCUAGGAGCUCAAAAACACGCAGACUGAUUAAAAAAUGACUUUAUAGGUAGAUGGUGUUAUCAACAUUUACAACCAUUUGACAGCUGAGUUGGAAUCUUUGACAAGGUCCUGAUAUCUCAUGACUGGAGUCGUACAGUUCCCUCACACAUUCCAGCCUUCAAAAACCAGAGACUAAAGUAUACAACUUCUAGUGAAAAGCUGGAAGUGUGCAAUGGAGAGACGCGGAGAAUCAACGAGCCUCUUUACAUCGAAUAUGAUUCACCGAUUUUCUAUAUGAAUGCCGGUUCUCUGAAAAAACAAGUGAAGGAUGCGGUCGACGAGGCUCUUUUAAACAAUGAGUAAGCGACUUUUCUGAAACUUCGAAAAUGUCCUCUUCCAGUCAAUCGGAAAUUCAUUACGUUCAGAGGAAUGCGGUCGUCGUCGAAAAAGCAGAAGAGGUAGGCAUUUGAAAAACGGAAUAAGACACUUUUUUUCUAAUUUCGGAACAAUAAGGUCAAUAAACCAAAAAAUCAAAAAGAAAAUGACAAGAGCCAUUUUUUCAGCUCCGAGUCUUGUUUGACAUGAGCAAAGUUCCGCAGAUCGACUACGAAAGCGCCAAGAGCUUGUUGCAGGUUCGAGCCCUUCGCGGCGGUCACUCCCACUUUAAAACACCUUUUUUUCAGCUCCGUUCAGAGCUCAGACGAAAGAACGUCGAGUUCAAAGUGACUAAGCUCACAGGUUCGUUACAAUGAGUAGAAAAAGUACAGAGGGGCUGAAAGAAUUGCCGCAAAAAGCAAACAAACAUUUACAAUAACGUCCAUUAAGCUAUAUCGUUUCCAACUUUUUGGCGUGACUUUUUUGGGAGAAUUCUGAGCUCAGUUUUUGUCCAUUUUAUAUUUUUUGUUUGCGGGGUUCUGCGUGGCCAAAAAUAAUUGGAAAAACAUUGAGCAAACUCUGAAUCACUUGCACUAAAUUCACAAAAGCUCCAACUCAAUAGAUAAGCUUCAAACUUCAGAGAAAAACUUUUUUAGGUUUCACUAUCCUUGUCAGAUUUUCUAUGGAUUUCUCAACAAAGCUCUUUGUGAAACGAUCAGUUUGCUCGCUGAUUUUAGUUUUACUUUAUUUCAGAGCUCCUUUUGAUGAGGUCUUCCCAGGAUGAAGACGUAAAUCCAUGGUAAUUAACUGAUUAUUAUCAGAAAAACUUUUUCAAAAAAAAAACCGACGGUUUUGAUAAGCUCUUCAAAAUUUUUAAAAUUUUUUUCUUUUUUUAUUGCAUUGACAAUGUUGAGCCAAAAUGAAAUUAUGAAGAGAAAUUUGGAAAACAUUUGUGGCUAUCAAUUCAGACAACGUGAGAACCUUCCUUGCUAGACUUCCUGAAGAUGAAGCCAGAGCCAUCGUCGAGGAUACGGAGCCAAGCGAAGACGAUUUCAAAACUGCGCGCGAAAUUUGA